AUGAACAAAAUAAACGAAAAUUCAUUUCCUGUUGAAGGUUUAGCAGCUUCUGACAUUUCCUUUGAACAAUUAUUAUCAAAAACUGCUGAAGAAAAAGCAAAUGUCGAAAUAAACCGCGUCAAAAUCUCUUAUAAUGAUAUGCCAGAAUAUCGCGAUAAGUUAAACAUUAAAAAAAAUUCAUCUCGUAAACAAUAUGCAAGUAUUUAUUUCAUUAGAUAUGAAGAAUUAAGUCCUAUUGUUUUAAACGCUGCUAAAGUUAAAUGGAAUACCGGAGCUUCACAUGUUGAUAAAAUAUUGGAGGUUAAACCUGAUACUCUUUGUUAUAUCGUUGGAACCGUUUAUAUGGAGAUGCAAUAUAAACCUAAUAUUCUUGCUGAAGUUUCCAGAGACGAUUGGGAACCUAUUCCACCUCCAAGGGAAAAAUAUUAUAGUGAUACGGAUGAAAUCUGGCUAGAAGAUGAUUCAGGUAGAAUAAAACUUGUGGGUGAUAGCUUAAAAAAAGAAGUGAUAAUUUCAGGAAUAAUCAUGGCGGCUCUAGGGAAAGAAAAUUCCCAAGGAGAUUUCGAGAUAUUAGAUAUUUGUUUUGCUGGACUUCCUGAACAAAUUAAUCCAACAGUACGGAUGGAUGCUGAUGAUGAUGACAAGUAUGUGGCUUUGAUCAGCGGUAUGAAUUUGGAUACAGAUGGUGCUUUGGAAACAAGAUUACAGCUAAUGUUGGAAUAUCUUACUGGUGGACUUGGAAGUUUUCCGGAACAACAAAAUUUUUCUUCGAAAAUAUCACGAAUAAUAAUUGCCGGUAAUAGUCUUGCUGAGGUUAAAGUGGUUCCUGAUGAUAAAAAGCAGAAAAAAUAUGGAUAUGAUAAUUCAUCAUAUGAUGCAGAACCACGUAUUCAAUUAGAUAAUUUUCUUGAAAAAUUAUGUUCAUUACUACCUACUCAUAUGAUGCCUGGAAAUCAUGAUCCAGCUGAUUUUACCUUACCUCAACAACCAAUUCAUCCUAAUCUACUUCCUAAAGUCGGAAGAAAUCCCAAUUUUCAUGGCGUUACGAAUCCUUAUUGGUGUGAGUUGGAUGAUGUCGUAUUUCUUGGUACUUCUGGCCAAACUAUUGAUGAUAUGUAUAAAUAUAUAGAAAGUGAGGAUAGAAUUGCUAUUGCAGAGCGUACACUAUAUUGGAGGCAUAUUGCCCCCUCAGCUCCUGACACUCUUUGGUGUUAUCCUUUUGAACGAUAUGAUCCUUUUAUUAUUAAUCAAAUGCCUCAUGUAUAUUUUAUUGGUAAUCAAAAGGAAUUUGCUACAAGUUUAAUAGAAGGACCUAAUCAACAACGUACGCGAAUUAUUUUAUUACCAUCAUUUUCAGAAAGCGGAGUUGUAGUACUUUUAAAUUUAAAGAAUUUGAAAUGUCAUACUACAUGCUUCAA